UCUUCCUCUCUUUUUCUCUUUCCCUCCUCAGACUUGUUCUUCUCUCUACUCUCUCUCUCUCUCUCUUCUCUAUUACUUCUCUAUCUUAAACAAUGGUUGUCAAGGUCGGAAUCAACGGAUUCGGCAGAAUCGGCCGUAUCGUCUUCAGAAACGCCCUUCUCCGUGACGACGUCGAGAUCGUUGCCGUCAACGAUCCCUUCAUCGAUCCCGAGUACGCCGCGUACAUGUUCAAGUACGACUCUACCCACGGCCGCUUCAAGGGCACCGUCACCGCCGAGGCUGACACCCUCGUCAUCGACGGCCACAAGGUCAAGGUCUUUGGCGAGCGUGACCCCUCUGCCAUCCCCUGGGGCUCCGUCGGUGCCGACUACGUCGUCGAGUCCACCGGUGUCUUCACCACUACCGAGAAGGCUAAGGCCCAUCUUGCUGGUGGCGCCAAGAAGGUCGUCAUCUCCGCUCCUUCCGCUGACGCUCCCAUGUUCGUCUGCGGAGUCAACCUUGACGCCUACAAGACCGAGUACGAGGUCAUCUCCAACGCCUCCUGCACCACCAACUGCCUCGCUCCCCUUGCCAAGAUCAUCAACGACAACUUCGGCAUCGUCGAGGGUCUCAUGACCACCGUCCAUUCCAUCACCGCCACCCAGAAGACCGUCGAUGGUCCCUCGCACAAGGACUGGCGUGGUGGCCGUACCGCCUCUGGCAACAUCAUUCCCUCCUCGACUGGUGCCGCCAAGGCCGUCGGCAAGGUCAUCCCCUCCCUCAACGGUAAGCUCACCGGUAUGUCGAUGCGUGUCCCCACCACCGACGUCUCCGUCGUCGACUUGACCGUCCGUCUCGAGAAGGGCGCCACCUACGACGAGAUCAAGGCCGUCAUCAAGAAGGCCUCCGAGACCAACUACAAGGGAAUCGUCGGCUACACCGAGGACGACGUCGUCUCCCAGGACUUUGUCGGCGACACCCACUCCUCCAUCUUCGAUGCCAAGGCCGGUAUUGCCCUCAACGACAAGUUCGUCAAGCUCGUUUCGUGGUACGACAACGAGUACGGAUACUCUGCCCGUGUUGUUGACUUGCUCGUCUACAUCGCUGGUGUCGACAGCGCCUAAAUCUCUCUCCACACCUCUUCACAAUUCGUUGAAUGUCUGUCGCGGCUUUGAUAGUCUCGCAAGCAAAAUAUAAAGAAAAAAUAAUCAUCACACAUAUACUUAACAACGAAUUGAGAUCAAGUUUCUACCUACGAUCUAUCGAUCGUCUUCGAUUCUCCACUCCUCUUUUUUCUUCUCUUUUUUUUCUACUUAUAUUCAUGAGUUGCUUUUGUUUAGUCCAGAAGAUUUAGUCUGGUUCCAGCGUGUCUUGAGACUUGAGAUCACGAUUCAGUCUGCUGGUCGGAUGUGUCGUGAUGGAAGCUCAAGAGCUGGAAACAAUGGAAAAAUAAAAGCAGAUAUUCUUAUUAUAUUAUAUUCAUUCUCGUAAAGUACAAUAUGUUUUAGAAGUCAGUUAUAGUCAACAGUAAGUCGAUGGUGUUCUCCGGUGGUUAAUCCACUUAAUAAUCAUGCGGCGCCGGAGACAGACCAAACUCUAACCUCAGAU